AUGGGAACGGAAGGUGAUGAGUCCUUCCCUUCUGGUGAUGCAUGUGAAUCAACGAUGUUUGGCAUUUCAGUGGUUUCGCUCAGAGGUUUUAGUUCUCCGGCGAGCAUGCUGGCUCUGUUUUUGGCUGCACUGUCAUGUUUUGGCCGGGUGUACUUCCACGCCCACAAUGUAAGGCAUUAUGAUGCUAUUCCUAAUUUGAGAUAUCGUGGUCUCAUAGGUGCUUGA